ACAUGUGACCACAGUGGGGCGGCACAUGUAAACACAUGUAAUCUUACACAAGUCGUUACCAAACGCUGAAGGCCACCUCUGUUACAUGUCGCAGCCCCUCUUCAUAGUGUUUCUGUCUCAUUGAAGGAAGGAGCUGUAACACCACCGAGACAGCAAUGAAGUCCAUUGCUUGUUUCUCAUCGUCCGUCAGAGCGGCUUGUCAGCACACCUCCGCUUGUUUCCCUCUUACUCGUGCUCCUUUUCUUUGCACUCACUCAGACAGAUGCUCCAAUGUGGACACUGCAAGCAAAACUGUAGCGCACUUGUGCGUAACCCCAGUUCGCAGUUUCCACAGCGCGCGCGUAAACACAGCAGUUGUCCAGCAGGUGAGCGCCGCACCUCCAUCCACCUUGGUGCCGUCACCGUGGAAAAGAGAAGACGAACUCACCGUGCACCAGCUGGGUAGACGCGUGCCAAAACCAGCUGCACGGCCAGCUGCACGACCAGCCCCGCACCUCUCUCCAUACAGCCCAUACUCAAAACCUCAAAGCAACGCAGCUGCACGUGUCAAUAUGCAGGCUCUGUUUGAAGGGGAUGGGAUCCCUGAACUCUGCUCCAGGCUGGCAGAUCUCCCCAGCAAUGACCGGGCAGAGGGACUGGCUACUCUGCUUGGGGCAUGUGUUGAAUUUGACUUAAAAGCCGACAGCCCUCUGGUUCUCAGGCUGAUAAACGAGUGCCUGCAGCUCCUCUCACGCAGGGACCUCGGGGUGGCUCAGCUCUGCCACCUGGGUGAGGCGUCCUACUCCCUGGAGGGCCACAAGUCAGCCGCGCUCACGGAGGUCCUGGACUCCGUCGGGGUUGCUGUGGAAGAGAGUGUCGUCACUGCCGGCGAGGCUGUCAGAGUGUACUCUCUGCUCGCUCGGUGCUACGACCCGUCCAGCCCGCACCACAUGUUCAUGCUGUCCACUCUGAACAGACACACACAGAGGAUGGUCCACUGGCUGAAAGCAACGCACGUCAGCAUGAUACUGCAGUCCCUGCUGAAGUUGCAGCACAGACAGGCGAGUAAAGCAUGGCCUCUUCUUUGAUUUUGAUGAAAGUGACACAAACAAAAAAAAAUAUAGUGGUACAUGUAGGCUGUUUUUAUAAUGUGUAAUUGCUGAUGUUUGUUUCACAGGCCAUUACUCUGGUGUUGAGGCUGUGUCACAGAGCAUCUCAGGUCUUUCAAGCUUUUAGCGACGAAGAAGUUAUCAAAGUUCUCUCUGCGCUCAUGAUCUUUGGACAACAUGAUGCUAAGCUCCUUGCUGCGAUGGAGAAAGACCUACCAGACAGGCUGGGAAAGUGUGAUCCGGAGCUGCUCAGCACCGUCAUGGAGUACUGCAUGCAGAUGAGGUGCCGCUCCGAGCCCAUCUUUGAGGCUGUGGCGGAGAACUUUGUUUGCCAAGCUGAGCAGCACAGCACCCUGCAGAUAGCCAAGCAGGUUGUUGCCAUGGGGAGACUCAACUAUCUGCCACAGUGCUCCAGUCAAAUGUUUAAGAAGCUGGAGAGCAUUUUGUCGACCAGGUUUUCCCAGUUCCAGCCUCGCUCCCUGAUUGAAGUUUUGCACGCCUGCAUCCACCUGGAGCGCUUCCCGCUCAACUACAUGUCCAAGAUCUUCAGCCCGUUCUUCCUACAAAGACUGCAAGCACAGGAGGAGAUGCUGGACAAGAAUACACUUGGACAACUGACACAGCUUCACCUCGCCACCUCAUUAGAGUGCACUCACUACUGGGGCCCCAGACUGCCUUACUCCCUCCAUGUGAAGAAGUUCUCCUCUGAGGACUGGGCCUUUGAGACACCUGUGGAGAGUCUCUUUUACAGACAGAUCAAAGGGCCGCUUAUACUGCUGCUGGGGGGGAAGUUAUAUUCUUCCAGAAUCUUAACUCCCAGUGGUUACACUGUAGAUGUGGAAAUUUGCCUGGAUGAGAAUGGAUACAUUCUGCCUCCGUCUCGGUGGGAUAACGUUCACAGAAGGCUGGCACUGUGUUUGGAUGGUCAAAACCGAUUCUGCAGCAACACACAACACCUGCUGGGCAAGGAAGCCACUAAAAGGAGACACCUCUGCAGGAUGGGCUAUGAGGUGGUGCAGAUUCCUUACUUCGAUUUCGAGCGGAUGGGAACUCGUAAGGAACGAGUCAAAUACCUUCACAACAAGAUCUUUCCAACCAUCUUCAAGUUCAGUCACCAAUCCCAAUGACCCAUCAAGGACAUUAACUGUUGACAUACACCAAAUCUAACAACCUUCCUAAUGUAUUCACAGUGAAUACGCUUGAGAUCUUCAGGCAUCUUUGUUUGUAACCAUGGUCCCCUAUUUUUGCAUAUUUUAUGAAACAAAGUGCCUUUUUAAGGGUCAGAGUAAAAACAAUGUCAGAGGAUCAUUUUACCAGAAUAAGAUACACCAUGUCUGAAAUGUCAAAUCAGUCAGGAUGAGUUAUUUUUUCUUGAAAACGAAUAAAAUCCUAUUGAUUUUUAAUAUGACUAAAGAAGGGAAGACGUCACAGCAGAAAUGCUGCUUCAUCAGCUUUAGGUGUUACAUUUAUUUGACAUUUAGCCCGAUGACCUGAGAACAGUAUCGCUACUUUUUAGGCCAUAGUUGCACUCUUUGAUUCCAGGAACUUCAAAAUGAGUUUAGCAAUGUUUUCAACUGUGAUUUAUUUAUUUAUUGUUAAUGACCAUGAUAAUUGUCUGUCAUUAUUUAUGAUUCAUUUAAGAAAUAAAGUACACCAUGCACAUAUUGAGUGCCACAGACUUC